CUAGACGCACGGAGGCCGGCAGGAUAUAAGACGCGAACCACCCCCAUUUCUUCCGGGUCGGUUGCUGUAACCCCCUUUGCAUUCCCCGCUGACACGGCGAGCAAAUUUCAACAUGUCUUCGGAAACCGCCCCCCCCAAGGAGGAGUUUUCUGGCGAUGAGAAGGUCGACGUGCACCAUUCCGAGGCCUUGGCCGACCCGGAUCUGAUGCACGAGGCCUUCGAUGGGGAGAAUCGCGAGCAUGAAUUGGGCGUGUGGGAAGCGGCCAAGAAGCACCCCUGGGCCUGCUUAUGGGCCUUCAUCAUGUGCUUUACCAUUGUCAUGGAAUCGUUCGACAUGUUUCUGAACACCAAUUUCGUCGCCCUGAAGGCCUUCCAAAAGCGCUACGGGGUCCAUGUCAGCGGAACCGAAUACGUCGUCCCGACGCGCUGGCAGAGUGCGCUCUUCCAGUCGGGCCAAUGUGGUGCCUUCAUCGGCGUGUUUCUGGCCGGUCCCAUCACCAGCCGACUGGGCUACCGCUGGACCACCAUCCUGGCCCUGAUGAUGAUGAAUGGCGCCAUCUUUAUUUCCUUUUUCGCCGAGUCCCUCACGGUCCUGGUGAUCGGGCAAGCCUUCGAAGGUGUCCCCUGGGGAUUCUUCAUCGCCAAUUCCCCCGCCUAUGCCAGUGAGAUCGUGCCCCUGCCCCUCCGCGGUGCCUGCACCGCCACACUGCAGAUGAGUUGGUCGAUCGGUUCCAUCAUUGUCGCGGCCGCCAGUUAUGGCUACAAUGGGCGCAACGACCAGUGGGCGUGGCGCGCCCCUCUCGCCUUGCAGUGGAUCUUCCCCACUCCCCUCUUGAUCCUCGUCUUUCUCGCCCCCGAAUCGCCGUGGUGGCUGAUCCGGCGCGGCCGCAAGAAGGAGGCCAUUCGCUCCAUCCAGCGCCUCGGCACCAAAUCUCCGGAACAGGCCCAGCAGACGCUGGCCAUGAUGGAGCGCACCAUCCAGAUCGAAGCGGAGAUGGGGGGCUCCCCGACGCUCCUCGAUCUGUUGAAGGGGACGGACUUGCGGCGCACGAUCAUCACCUGCUUGGUCUACGCCUCCCAGAACUUUGCGGGCAAUCUGAUUGCCAACCAGGCCACCUACUUCUUCGAGCAGGCUGGCAUCUCGACCAACAAGGCAUUCGAGCUCAAUCUGAUCAACUCGUGUCUGCAAUUUGUGGCCAAUGGCGGCUCCUGGUUUCUGAGCGCUUGGUUCGGCCGUCGCACCAUCUACCUCUGGGGCACGGCCACCAACGUCACCCUGCUCUUUAUCCUGGGCAUCUGCGCCUCCGUGACGCAGACGUCGGCGACGAACUAUGCCCAGGCGUGUCUGGGCGUCAUCAUCUCCUUCGUGUUUGCGGGCACCCAGGGUCCCAUCUCCUACACCAUCAUCUCCGAGACCUCCUCCGUGCGCCUCCGCGCGCUGAGCACCGCCGUCGGUCGGGCCGCCUACUACGUGGCGGAAAUUCCCAUGAUCUAUCUGUCGUCGCGGAUGCUGAACACGACCGGCUGGAACCUCGCGGGCAAGUGCGGCUAUGUCUGGGGCGGGACCGCCACCUUCUGCUGGAUCAUGGCCUUCUUCUUCCUGCCCGAGCUCAAGGGUCGCUCGUACCGGGAGACCGACAUCUUGUUCAACCGCAAGACCCCGGCCCGGAAGUUCAAGUCGACGGUGAUUGGAGUGGAGGAGAACGAGUAAGACGGACGGGAUUGUGGCCGCCACCGCGUGUAUCCCAGAUGACUGAAACUCGAGACGAUGCUCGGUCCCCAUGGUUUAAUCUCAAACGUGUAGGUGUUACUCUGCUAGCUGUGUACUUUUCCUCGCCAUUCCCAAGGCCGCUCUGUGGGCUUGUAGAUGCUGAGGUCUUCCCGGCCUGCCAUUGUUCCCGGCCCAAGUUGGUGUCUAUCAGCCAUGGAAGGGCCUCAUCCUUCGCGAUGAUCACCCUCACCCCGAGGGGUUCUCUACUCCGACCCGGUCGUUAAAUGGGCAAUGUACCAGGUUUGCUGGAUGUGGUAUCCAUCGACUCACGUAGGCGACUUCCACGGUCGCGACCCUGAAUCCGCCCUGCUUCAGCCGUCCACCACGAUUGAUCGAGCGCCUGGCUCUGGCACUG